ACAACAUUGUAAAGCUUAUCUGCUGCAUUUCAAGUGAAGUUUCCUAUUUCAAGCUAUUGGUAUACGAGUUCAUGCCCAACGGUAGUCCGUUCGAUCCUCUGCACGGUGGCCCAGGACAGCAAACGCCGCUGCAAUGGCCGAAACGUUAUCAGAUCGCUCUUGACGCGGCUCGCGGGCUGAGUUAUAUGCAUCAUGAUUGCUUCCCUCCAAUAUUGCACAGGGAUUUGAAAUCCAGCAACAUCUUGCUGGACGGAGAUUUUGGAGCUAAAAUUGCAGAUUUUGGCGUAUCCAGAGUGAUUGAUAGGUUGGGCCAUGAGUAUACGGUGUCUGGCUAUGUCGGGUCGCAUGGAUAUAUAGCCCCAGAAUAUGUUGACAGGUUAAGGGUGGACGAGAAAAGUGACGUGUACAGCUUCGGAGUGGUUGUGCUAGAGCUGGUGAGCGGGAGGAAAGCGACGGGUGAGGCGGAGUAUGGGGAAGGCGUGGACAUCGUGGGUUGGAUACGUAACAGAAUUUGGAUGGGAGAAGAGAGAGAAGUGUUGGAUGAGCGAAUAAUUGAAGACAAUUGCAUAGAACAAAUGCUACGCGUCUUACGUGUGGGUUUGGUUUGCACGAACAGAGAGCCAGAGCAGCGGCCUUGUAUGAGAAUAGUGGUGGAAAUGUUGGAGAAAUGCGGUGGGGACAAUUGUAAGGAGAGAAGGGGUAAAAUAGUAUUUCAACAUCUGGAAAGGGUUUCAAGUAAACACUCCGAGAGUGAGAACGAAGUGAUUUACUUUUCACAUUAACGGACUCAAAAGCCAACAGUAGUCCAGACGUUGGCGAUGUAUAUAAAGAAAAGUUGUCCAGACGUUUGCACGAGGAGAGAGUCAUACCAGGGGCCUUGUAGGAGACAAGUGGUGGAGAUGUUAGAGGCGUGCGGUGGGGACAACGGAUAAAAUAAUAUCUCGAUAUCCGCAAAGAAUUUCAAGAAAAGGCUCCGAGAGUGAGAAUGAAGGGGUUUUCUUCUGUGUGUAAGGGACAAUAAAAAAUAG